AUGGCCUCGCAAGAUUAUAUCACUUUGGAUCGCACCAAUGACAAGAUGCCUCUCGUUGGCUUCGGCUGUUGGAAGAUUGAUUCGGCUACUUGCGCUGAUACCAUCUAUCAAGCCAUCAAGACCGGUUACCGUAUGAUUGACAGUGCUCAAAUCUAUGGCAACGAAGUUGAAGUUGGCCAAGGUAUCAAGCGUGCCAUUGAUGAAGGAAUCGUCAAGCGUGAAGAUCUUUUCUUUGUCACCAAGCUCUGGAACACUUACCAUGGCAAGAACAAUGUUCGCCCUGCUGUUGAGCGUCAACUCAAGGAUCUCGGCUUGACCUACUUUGAUUUGUAUUUGAUCCAUUUCCCUGUUCCUUGUGAGUUUACUCCCAUUGCUGAAGCUUAUCCCCCACCUGGUUGGAUCAAGCCUGGUAAGGAGAAGUUUGAGUAUGAGCGUUCUCCCAUCCAAGACACCUGGCGUGAGAUUGAAAAGCUUGUUGAUGAUGGUCUUGCUCGUAACAUUGGUAUCUCCAACUUCAACGUUCAAACCAUCUUGGACAUGUUGACCUAUUGCCGCAUCAAGCCUUCUGUUCUUCAGAUUGAGCAUCACCCUUACCUCCAACAACCUCGUCUUGUUGACUGGGUUAAGAAGCAAGGUAUCCACAUCAUGGCUUACUCUUCGUUUGGCCCUAUCUCUUACAAUGAGAUGACUGCCACUGGCAAGAACACUCCUACCUUGUUCGAUAACGAAACCAUCAAAUCUAUUGCUGCCAAGCACGAUAAGACCCCUGGUCAAGUGUUGCUUCGUUGGUCCACUCAACGUGACAUUGUUGUCAUUCCCAAGUCUCUCAACGCUGGUCGUAUGGCUGCUAACCUUGGUGUCUUUGGUUGGUCGCUUGAUGAGGAGGAUCUCAAGGCUAUCGCUACUCUUAAUGCUGGUCUCCGCUUCAAUGACACCAUGGAGCCUGCCUAUGGUAUCGAUUUGCCCAUCUUUGAUUAA